AUGGUCCAGAGAAUAUUGGUCGCAAACGGAGUUACACCUAUUAGCAGCAUCGUUCUUCCAUAUGAUGGAAUUAGAAAAAAAGGAUACCAAUGCAUCCAAGCAACGUGGGACACGUCGAAGCUGGUUGUGGUGGUUCGGCCGGCGGGCAACCUGCCGGGCUGGUCGCUGCCUCUGCGAGUGUUCAGUGCGCGCAUCUGGGGGGCGCUGGCGGCCACAGCGCUCGCGUACGCUCUGGCGUGGCGCGUCGUGUCUGGCGACGGAGCCCUGCGGUGCCUCACGGCCACGCUCGCCGCGCUCUCCUCGUGUGGCGGCGUGGCGCAGGCCAGGAUUCGCGCCCUGCCGCAGCGCCUGCAGCUGGCCGGCGCGCUGCUCGCCUCGUCCGUCGUCAUCGCUGCCUCGUACCAGGUACAAUUGCCCAUGCAGCUGGUCAACGACCUGAUUGCAUCUCCCACCCACGAGGGACGCCUCUAUUCGCUAGUCGCCAAACCGGAAAGAUUUCCGGAAAUCGACACCCUAGAGCAACUGGCUGAUUCUUCGGUGCCUGUGGUCAGCUACGGUGUGCCGGGGUACUUAAAGUUUCUGAUUGAUACAAAAACUGAAGGACUCUCUCCUGCCCAAUUGCUGACUCGUCGAAGAAUUAUUCAACAAGGCAUUCGUUUGAUAUCGUUAGACGAACUUAUGAUGAUGGUAAUUCAACAUCAAAAUGUGGCAUUUCUUCUUGGUAGCUCUGCGUGGAAAACUUCAUCACGUGAAGUAUUAUGUGGAAGGAAAGUGCAUAACCUGAAAGAAUCUUUCAGCAAGGAAGGAACGUGCUUAAUAAUUACUGCCAACUGGCCUUGGAUAUACGUGGUUGAAGAUACCAUCUGGCGUAUGCGACAAGCAGGACUGUACCAACACGCUUAUGAAAUGAGUAUUUACGUGUGGAACCAAUAUCAUCCCGAUCGAGCGCACUUUUCCUUCAAGGAUGAGAAGUUGAAGACCACCCGCGUUCUACAGUUGGCAGACCUGCUGCCGCACCUGGAGCUGCUGGUGGUGGGGAUCCUGUUGGCGAUCACGUGCUUCGUGGGUGAGCUUUUGCUCCGCCACCGCUCGGUCUCCUCCUGUGGCCCUCCGCCUCACCACAACCCGGAAUCCUGUCCCCCACUAAAACCACGCCUCGACCACCCAACCCCCUUCCAUGAACUUCCCCCUGACUCCUACCCUGAAUCCCAUCCCCCACCACACUCUGCGUCACCUCCACCCACUGUCUACAGAGGCCCAGUGUAUUCAGACACUAAUUGA